UAUAGCGGAAGAGACGUGGCAAAAAUGUCCUUCCUGGAAAAAUGCUUCCAAAAGUGAAUGUGAAUCAAUAAACGUUUACAUUUACAUUGUUUAAGUUUACGUCGUUUGAGUAGUUGGAGCUAAACAUUGGGCUGUACUGACUUAGCUCAUUCGCAUUUGACAGGCAGACCAUGGGUCUGUGCAAGUGUCCGAAGCGGAAGGUUACGAACCUCUUCUGCUUUGAACAUCGUGUAAACGUUUGUGAACAUUGCUUGGUAUCCAACCACAAUAAGUGUAUUGUGCAAUCCUACCUGCAAUGGCUUCAGGACAGUGAUUACAACCCCAACUGCAGUUUAUGUAGUCAGCCUUUAAGUUCCCAGGACACUGUGAGAUUGGUGUGCUAUGAUCUAUUCCACUGGUCCUGUCUGAAUGACUUGGCCUCACGCCAGCCCCUGUACACAGCCCCAGCGGGUUACCAGUGCCCAACAUGCCAGGGCCCUGUCUUCCCUCCCCCCAAUCUGGCCAGCCCCGUGGCUGACAUGCUGAGAUCGCAGCUGUCCUCAGUCAACUGGGCCAGAGCAGGAUUGGGGCUUCCACUGGUUGAAGACAAACUUGAGGUUGAAGAGAGCGCAACCCAUGAUGUUACCGAUUACACAGACUGGACUUUUGACACCUCUACCAUGGAGCCAUCUGUCUCGUCCUCUGCCCUCGCCUAUGCUUUGGAUCCAGCUAUUGGUCCAACUCCUCCUCAUCAGCACAUGGGUCUCAGCCACAGCCCGCAAAACAACGGAGGCCUGGGGGUCCAGGAGCACUCUGUCAUCAACAUGAUCACAGCCACAGCACCAGACACCAUCACCAUUAGCAAAGCAUCAUCACCUAGGAAGUUGUAUGACACGCGUGAAUCCGGGAAUGCUUCGGUGACCCAGAUCGACUUUGACGAUGACAAGUAUCGCCGGCGGCCAGCCCUCAGCUGGUUUGCGCAGAUCCUGAAGAACCGCUUGGGCACCAAGAGAAAACCCCUCACACUGAAGCAGAAGAUCCUUAUACUGCUACUGGUGGGAGUCAUUGGCUUCUUCACUCUCAUUAUCAUCAUGGCCAAACUAGGCCGGGCCUCAGCCGACGAAGACCCCAACCUGGACCCCAUGCUGAACCCCAACAUCAGGGUGGGCAACAUGUGAAUGAGCUGCUUCUUCCUCUGGACCAGUGUGGUGCUUCGCUGCAAAAUCCAUCUUGGGUAGAACAAAACGGAGGCAGGAAUGGCAGCUUAAUUGGACUGCUCUGGAGUUCAGAGUGUUGGGACCAGCAAGUACCUGCCUCUUCUGGGGAAAUGAAGGGGAUCAAGAGCUUUUUCUGCCUGCGUGGGUGGGGGGGGGGCAGCCGGAGGAAAUGCCUCCCCUCCACCUUUCUGACUGCUAGCAGGAGCAAAAGUCUUGUACCUGUGAGGUGACUGCUGCAAUCUUCUGAGUUCUGUUGGAAUUUCCACCCUAAAAAAACAAGAAUGGGUGAAACUUUUAUUAGACCCUCUUUAAUUCUUCGUGAUGCUUUCAUGUGUCCUUGAACACAGUUGUCUGUUUAUCCUUGGUGGGGGGCUCGUGACUUUUUUUCAAAUAGCAAUACAGCUAAUUAACAUACUGCUUUAAAAGGCAUUAUAAUUUAGAUAUUUUCAGUUGAAUAUUCCAUUCACUAUGGUGUCUGUUACCAAAUCUGAUUUCUGCAAUUCCCAGUAGCUGCAAGAUUAGGGAGACAAAGGUGUGUGCAUGUAUAGAUCAAGUUCAUAAAGAAUUUUGUUCUGUACAUGGAAAGAAUCCUUACAUGACUCAUUUAAUUCAUCUACAUGUGUAAUCUGAGAGUAUUCCAAAUUAUUCAUGUAUUUUCAAUGUUUAUUUUCAGAUUAGAUUAACCAAAAAACUUUAAUGGAAACUCUGCUUGAGCUCAUAACACAAAACAGUUGGCAUGUGGCUUUUGCUAUUUGAGAUUUGUUUAUUUGGAUUUUUUUUUUUAAAUCUGAUUGAAAACUAUUGAUAAAAUCUCUGCUUGUUACACUACACUCCUGUUUGCACUUUGCCCACUCAGUCUAGUUUCCAUAUUUCUAGGUCUGCUUUUCUUUACUUUGAAAAGGUUCUAGAUUUGUAAAGGCAAAUACUAUACAGUAUGAAUAUUACAAAAGUCCCUGGACAUCCUGUGGCAGAGAGCUGUAGUGUGUUUGUUUAGUAUUCAGCUCUGAAAGAUAUUUGUUUUGAACUAACAGGAUUUCACUGUGUUCAUGUCAAUCUCUAUUAAAUUAUGAACUUUAUAAAAGAA